CGUGGGCAUCGCGUUUCAUGCGGUAACAUUUGUCCGCCAUUGGCCUUGCGCCCUGGUCCUUGCUAGUACUGACGAGUACUUGCUGGGAACUCUGGCCCGCCUCGCGUGUGCUGAAAAGGGCUGGCCCCGUCCGUACCCUGAUCGAAGAGGAUUUAUUCUGUCUGUCUGUUUUACGUCGGAAAGUCAUCUCGUGGGAAACUCUACUCGACAUUGUCGACUGAAGUAAACAGAUCCGGCUUGACCAUGGGCGCAUUGGAUCUUAUUCGGAACCGUGAUGCACGGGCAGCGCAGAAUGUCGUCGGUACCGACGAUUAUCACUUCAGGGAUGAGAAGCACCACCAGGCGAGUGACUUUGAGGUCCAUGCCUGGGGCCCGUCGACCGACACUCGCAGCAGUGCCGGACUACGACAUGAUGCUCGCGAGGGGGUAACCGAGGAUGCACAACCGGGUGUGCAGAAGGCGGAAGCUGUCGCACUGGUCUGGAGUAAAAAGGCGGCUUUUGGCACAUAUGCCCUUGUCUGGCUGGGAUUCUUCAUUCUCGCCCUGCAGUCGUCCAUCAGCAGCGCUAUUAUCCAGAACGUCUUUGCCAACUUCAGUGCUGCUCCUCAAGUCAGCACCGCGAAUAUCCUGUCCAAUGUCGUGGCUGGUGUGUUGAAGCUGCCCGUUGCCAAAAUCCUUACCCUCUGGGGACGAACGGAGGGACUGCUGGUCUUCGUCGCUAUCUAUGUCUUGGGUAUUAUCAUCCUCGCGGCUUGCAACGGCCCAGACUCAUACGCCGCUGGAUAUGUAUUGUAUUGGGUCGGAUAUGAUGCUCUCUACUUGAUUCUGGAUAUUUUCAUUGCCGAUACGACCGGGCUUCGCAACCGAGCGUUCGCCUUCGCCUUUGCCAGUACCCCAUUUAUCUGCACAGCAUUUACUGGGCCGUUGGCGGCGCAAUCCUUCUUGCAGACGUCCGGCUGGCGCUGGAGUUAUGGAGUGUUCGCUAUCGUCGCGCCAGUGGUCUUCCUUCCAUUGGCAGUAGUAUUCAAAGUCCACGAGAAGAGAGCAGAAAACGAGGGUAUCUUCCGACGACGCCCAAGUGGACGGACUACCAUCGAGUCCAUCAUCCACUACAUCCACGAAUUUGACAUCAUCGGCGCAUUCCUCCUCAUGGCCGCCUUCACCCUGGUUCUCCUCCCCUUCAGCCUGACCAGCUACGGCGCCGCCCAAUACAACAGCGCAACCUUCAUCGCAAUGGUCAUCGUCGGCUUCCUGCUCUUCCCAACCUUCGCCGCCUGGGAACGCUUCGGCGCAAGAACUCACUUCAUCCGCUGGGAACUCCUCAAAGACCGCACCGUGCUCGGCGCAUGCUUCCUCUCCGCCCUGCUCUUCUUCAGCUUCUACUGCUGGGACCUAUACCUGCUCAACUUCUGCGUCGUGGUCUUCAAUCUCUCCAUCGCCAUGGCCGGGUACGUGAACCAGAUCUUCAACGUCGGCAGCACAUUCUGGUCCGUCCUCGUGGGUAUCGUGAUCCGCAUUACACGCCAGUUCAAAUACCAGACCCUCUUCUUCGGUAUGCCACUCCUCUUCCUGGGCUCGGGUCUCAUGAUCCAUUUCCGCGGCCAGAACGAGGACAGCACAAUCGGGUAUGUGGUUAUGUGUCAGAUCUUCAUCGCCUUCGGCGGGUCUACCCUAGCUAUCGGGCAGGAUAUGGCAGUGAUGGCAGCCGCCGACCGCGAGAGUGUUCCCAUGAUGCUGUCCAUUCUCAGCCUCUCAUCGAGCAUCGGGACGGCUGUGGGAUUUGCGGCCUCGGCGUCUGUCUUCAAUAAUACCUUCCUGAAGUUCCUCACGCGGUAUCUGCCGGAAAGUUCCAAGGACCUUGCCGCUGAUAUCUAUAUUAAGGGGUAUGUUGAGCAGAUCACGUACCCUGUGGGCUCGGAGAUUCGGAACGCGAUUAAUCAGGCUUGGAGCGAGUAUAUGAAGUAUGCUUGUAUUUUGUCUACGUGUGUGCUGGUGCUGGGAUUCCCGGCUGUCGCGGUUUGGAGGAAUUAUCGGUUGGAUAGGAAGCAGAAUAAGGGGGUUGUCUUGUGAUUUUCUUCCUUUGUUUGGUUCGAUUUUUUCUUGUGAUUUGUAUAUUUUCUUUUUUUUUUCUUUUUGGGGCUGUGUUGGGCUGUUGGGCUGGGCGACUGGAGAGUGGUUAGAAAACGAUACCCAAAUACAAUGGAUCUACUAGACGACGACUGGAAUGACAUCAGCUAUAUCCACUC